ACCCGAGCUAAAGCUUCCUCUUAAGUCCAGGCGCAAAACUUCCGGUAUACGGGCGUAUUGCGGUGGAGCCAGUGGGCCGUCCUGGGCUUCAGAUCACCGGCUCACCGACAGGAGCACAUUGCGGUCCGCGCGAUGUGCUUUGUACACGGCCGCCGACUAUAUCUGCAAGCACCAUGGCAUUCACUCAGUCAUCUGAACAACGGAACCUCCCCUGUGCAUUCUUCGCAUGCGUGGAAUUCUGGUUAAAAACUACGCCCGAGCAACCCGCUCUUCAGUGGGCACAGCAGCAAGCUACCGAUGGCCCGUGCUAACGUUCCACGCUUCCUCCUGGUGCAGGCGACGGCGAAAGCGGUUCCUCUUGUUUAAGGAAUUAGGAAUUCCGGGACCUGAACCAAGCUUCUUUUCAGGAAACACUGCAGAAAUUCUCAAUAAGGGAUCUGUGAAGGCAUUUGAUGAAUGGACCAAGAAGUUCGGUGAUAUUGUGGGAUUUUAUAAUGGUGGAACGCCAGUUCUAAUUGUGAAGAACACAGAAUUGCUUCGAAAGAUUCAAGUCAAAGAUUUUGGAAACUUUACUGGCCGUGGUGUGGUGUCCGUGGCGUCGCGUCACCACCGCAUCGCCAGGACAAGUCUCACCAAUGCACCGAGCGAGCGAUGGAAGGAAAUGCGCAGCCUCAUGACGCCUGCAUUCAAAUCGAGCUCCAUGAAAUCAAUGCUGUCACUUGUCGAAAACUGCGUUGACACCUUCAUGAAGGUUGUUGCGGCCAAGCAGCAAGAAGCAGCUGCCACAGAAAUGCGGGAGCUCUUUCAGAAGCUCUCCAUGGACAUCAUCGCACGCUCUGCAUUUGGCACUGAGACUGGAAUCCAGCUGAGUCAAGGAGACUCUGAUGCUGACACCCUGCUGGCCUUGAUCCAGGACAGACUGGGAGAAUAUAAGAAGGGCUGGCUGAUGUACUUUGCAAACUGUUUUCCAGAAUUUGACUACCUGUGGAGAUUUCUGCUCUCCCAUGGCAAACACACUGUGAAGACACCGACAGAUUAUAUUAAGAACAACCUAGUUUCGAUCAUCGAACAAAGACGAGCAAACAAGCAGGUUGCACACGAGGAUCUGUUGCAGCUCAUGCUGAAUGCUGAAGAGGAGGCUGACUCCUUGAUUGACGUGCAGCAGCUGACUGUGAUGCAUGAAGAUGACGAAGUUGGCUGUGAAUCCCCUGAGAGCAUUCCCAUAAUCCGCAAGCGACGGUUUAUGACAACAACAGAGAUUCAGUCCAAUGCAGUUAUGUUUCUUGUAGCUGGAUUUGAAACAACUGGCACCACUCUAUCAUUCACGUCGUACCUGCUAGCAAAGUACCCUGACAUCCAAGAGAGGACGAGGAGUGAAGUACUGUCCGUCAUAAAAGCUGAGAAUGGUUUAACGUAUGACAGUAUAACCAAAAUGCGCUACUUGGACCAAGUGAUCUCAGAAGCUCUUCGCUACUACCCGGUGGUUGUUGGGUUCAUAACUAGAAAGUGUGAGCAGGAGUAUGAAUACAAGGGCAUCAAGAUUCCCAGCGGGAUGUCCAUCUUGGUGCCAGCUUACCAAAUUCACCACGACCCGAAUCUGUGGAAUGAGCCAGAGGCAUUUGAUCCUGACAGGUUCAGCACAGAGAACAGAGGCAAGAUAGAGCCAAUGGCAUACCAGGCAUAUGGCAAUGGACCACGAAAUUGUGUUGCCAUGCGAUUUGCUCAGUUAGUGCUGAAGCUUACUUUGGCGAAGGUGCUUUCGACUUAUAAGCUUGUGCUGGAUCCUGACAGGCACAAGGGGGACCUGAAGAUAGGUUCAUCAUUCACGUUGGCUUAUCCAUUGGAGGGCGUGUGGCUGAAGCUGCAAGAAGUGCAUGAAACAUAAUCAAGGACCGGCCUGUUUCUUCUCAGACCUGGAAACCUGAAACUUUUUACCUGUUGUCUUUCAGCUACAUGUAAACAGAGUGCCAACAGAGAGAUGCGUGAUUGCACAAACAGUGUUCAUAUGGAUGACAAUGGCAGAAAGUUAUAAGUGCUGCUCACCAAAGGAUUCAAGUACAAUAAAUUUUGCAGAAUCUAAGUCAUA